CAUGGGCUGCUGCUGGGUGACGCCAGCCUGGCGGCCCGGAGGGACUUUAUCUCGGGCUUCACCGCCCUGCACUGGGCCGCCAAGAGCGGCAACUGUGACAUGGUGACAAAUAUCAUCAGAGCGGCCGAGAAGGGGGGGACCCGCAUCAAUGUGGACGCCAGGUCACACGGCGGCUACACGGCGCUCCACCUGGCUGCCAUUCACGGCCAGGAGAAGAUCAUCACCAUGCUGGUCUACAGCUACCACGCCAAGACCGACCUGAGGGACUACAGUGGGAAGAAGCCGCACCAGUACCUAAAGGAAGGGACCUCCUCUGCAGUCAGGCGCUUGCUGGGGGACCCCAGCCUUCCCCACAAUGUGGAGCCCUCCAUGCCAAUCAAGAAGACCACAAAGCUUGCUGCUUCGAUCUUGAGCUCCACCAGCACUUUCCUGGGGGUCAUAUCUGAUGAUAUGGCUUUCUAUGAUCUCACCAAAGGUUUAAGGAAGCCCUCGUCCUUAAACAAGCUGCUGGCUGCCACUACAGGCCCAAGGAGGAAGCCAAAGACCAGAGGGGGCUUCCCUUCAUAUUCUUCCCUCUCUGAGGUAAUGGAGGAGGAGGAAGAGGAGGUCAUCGUGAAACGCAGACCCGUUUCUGAGCUGUUCUUUGGCCAUUAG